AGCUGCGCGAGCUCUGACUGUUGGCUUCUUCAGUAGCAGUCGUAUUGUAGAGGAUCAGGUUGGGGCUGGAACACUAAAGACGGAGUGAAUGGGCCUCUGGGUCCAACAGCCUCUGCCAUGUCCAAAGUGGUUGGCUUGUCUUCCAAGAAGAGCCGGUGGCUCUUGCAAUCCUUGCGCGACCAGCAGCGACAUUCCCUGGGCACUGGGUUUGAAAGUGCCAAUAUCCUCCUCUCGCCCAAGUACCACCUCAAAGACAAGGAUCUAAGAAAAAUCCACAAGGCUGCGCGUGUCGGGGAUGCAGCAAGAGUGCAGCAGCUCCUGCUUGGGAAAUGCGGUGUGAAUGACAAGGACAAGAAGAAGAGGACUGCCCUCCACAUCGCCUGUGCUUAUGGCCACCCAAAGGUAGUGAUGGCCCUAAUAGAGGGAAGGUGUGAGAUCAAUGCCACGGACAGUGAGGAGUGCACAAGUCUGGUGAAGGCUGUGCAAUGUCAGGAAGAGGAAUGUGCUACCAUUCUGCUGGAGAACGGUGCUGACCCAAACAUUGUGGAUGCCCAGGGCAACAGCGCUCUCCACUAUGCUGUCUAUUAUAAGAAUACAUCACUGGCUGCAAAACUGCUCGAUCAUGAAGUGAAUAUUGAAGCUACAAAUAAGGGUGGCUUCACACCAUUGUUACUGGCUGUCAGUGAAAACAAACUGCAGAUAGCAAAAUUCUUAUUAAUGAAGAAUGCUAAUAUACAUGCGGUUGAUAACCAGAAAAGAACAGCCCUCAUGCAUGCUGUAAGCCAUGACUCAACACACCUAGUGAGAUUUGUUCUUCAGCAAGGUGUGGACCUCUUCUUGAACGAUGCCUUUGGAUUGACUGCAAUUGAUUAUGCUGCUGAUUUUAAAUAUAAUACCAAUAUGAAAAUCCUUCUCGAAUAUAAAGAAAAGAGAUAUGAGGAGUCUGCAAGAGUCAAGCUAGCGGAGAGAAGCGCUGAGGACAACUCUUCCGGAAGGAAGGACCAACAGAGUCAGGAACUGGAAAACAUAGAAAAGGAAGAAUUGACAGAGCCAGGAACUGGACCAGAAGAACAAGAGCCAGAUGGAGGGGUGACAUCAGUGGAAGAACCAAGGAGGCUCAAUGGCAGAGGAGAUGACCAGCCUCAGGAAGGUGAAACAGCACCAAGGACUAGAGAAGAAGAGCAAGGUGUGACAUGUAAAGCGACAGGAAAAGAGGAUGGCGACGAAUCAUCUUGGGAUUCUGAGAGUGUCUCUGAGAAUCUCCCACUUAUUCGCAUUGGUGUUGAUGGACUAUUGCAAGUAAAUGGGCAAGCAGUAGAAAACCCAGAGAAAUAUCUUCAUUGGCUGCCUAAGAGAAAAGGAGAAGAAUCUGUCAAACAAAAGACUCCUAAUCAAACAAAAGGAGUCAGGGGUUUGCAGGCAGUCCCACCAGCAGAACCAGGUUUAGAAUUGACUUCAGAGGAAAAGCACAAAGAGCUCUCCAGAAAUGAAGCUAGCCAGCAUCAGGUUGAAGAAGGAAGGAAGCAGGAAUGGAGUGAAUGGGGCGCAUCAGAGAGCCUGCAGGCUGCUGCUCUUGACGGCGGUGACCUCACAUCACCUCUACCGAGGAGGAGGAACAAGCAGGCCGGGAAACCCGGAACACAGGAGUCUCCUAGUGUAGACAGCAAAGAGCAGGAUGGUGGUUCUGACUUGAAUAUAAAAGAAGAAAAUAAAAAAGGAUAUGAAGAAUGGUCUCGAGACUUUGUGAACGAACUAACAUCAGAGAAGUUUGGAUCAGUAGCUUGUGAUCUCCUGCCAGUGAAAGAUUCUUGGAGUUUAAAUGGCAUGGAUCCAAAUAAGGGAAGGCCUGCAAAGAGAAAAUCAAAGGAAAAGCACAAGGUCAGAGAAGUGAAUGCUAUGGAAGAUGCUGAUGGCCAAACUCAGCCAUCUGAGGCAUGCUCAGAAAAUGAAACAGACCCAUGUUCUAACAUACUGCAAACAAAAACGGAGAACAAGCCCUGUGAGCUACCUACAAGACAAACUGAAAACAUGAAAGGCAGCAAAGCAGAAGGAGAGGUGCUGAAAACAGAGCCAGUGAGAUCAAGAGUUGCAUUAAAAGAAAAGGGGGAUCUAGGAGAAGGUGAAAGGGUGACGCUCCAGUCACCAGGAAAGGACGCUCUUUAUCCUGGAGACGCUGGAAGGCAGCACCGUGACACGGCUCUGAGGAUCCUGCGCCUGAAAGUAAAGCAGACUUUGAAGCAGUUGCAAGAGGCCCAGGACCGACAAAGAGAAGUUGUUCAGAGUUCGCAGAGGAUGCAGGACCACUUGCAGAAGCUUCAGGCUGGAUGUUCUGAGGCAGAAGUUAUGGAACAGGAGCAAGGAGAGAAAACUGCAGCGCUUCAGAAGCUACACACAGGCCUGACUAGAGUCAAAGAGGAACGGAUAAAGAAACUAAACAAAAUCACACACUCUCUGAAGUGUUCUCUGGAUCAAAUGAAGAAUAAAAAUGAAGAAUUAGAGAGGGAGCUCACUGAAAUAAAGAAACACUUAGGAGUAAUGAGAAAGAAAUUGAAUGACCAUGAAAAUGGAGAAUUUAGUUGUCAUGGAAAUUUUAAAACUAAAGAACAAGAAGUGAAUGUUUCAGUGGAUAUGUUUAAAAAUGAGAUCCAUGAAUUGAAAGAAAAAUGGGGAACUAUAUCCUCCAAAUAUCUACCUCUGAAUAUGCAAUUUAAAUACAUUGAGCAGGAGUUGUUAUCCAUAAAAAUAGCACAAAAGCAAUACGAGAAGCUGCGUGAAGAUCAGAGGAGUCUGCGAAGGGAGGCACUAGGCCUGCAGUGCCAGCUGCGAGAGAACAUGGCAAAACUAGAAGACAAAAAGCAUGCACUGGCACAAAGAGACAGUAAUUAUGACUCGGUAAUGAGUCAGAUGGAACUCAGGAUUAAAAACCUUGAGUCGGAGCUCGAGAAACUGGAAGCUGAGAAAGAGUCCAAUGAGAGAAAGGUAGAGAAAUACCAACAGCGCUGUGUCCGAGAGCGGGAGCUCAGCCAAAUGCUAUCACAUAAACUCACCAAAACUAAUAACAAACUAAGCAAAGUCAGAACAGACAUUUUGCUGGUGACAGAACGGAACAGAACUGUACAGAACACUCUUACUACAAGGCCUGUCCCCAAAAGUCCUGGUGUCACGAAGCAUGAUACUUAUAUAAACCGCAACCCUAACUUCAUCGCAAGCAGAAACUCAGAGCCUGCCAUACCCAGCCCUCAGCCUUCUCCUGAGCUUAUGGGGAGGAGUCUAUUCAAGAAGCAGCAAAAAAUGGUAAAAGACAUAACUGAAGAGGUAGAUAAAGCUGCAGCUGAACUUGAGUCUUGGUCCUUGGAAGCUUAUCCUUCAGGAUCUAAGUAACAAAUCAAGAUCUAUUUUAGGGAAUAGCAAAGACGUGCACAGAUUAAAAUAAACAUGUUUUUCCGAACAAGA